AAACUUUAAAAUAAAACAAGAAGAGGAAGAAGUAGAAGGAACCGGAAAAAUACAACUGUCAGUUUUGUAACAACAGUCCAUCGUUGCUCUCUGAAUGGAUCAGAACCAGUCUGGUCUGCAGAGCCUCUUCAUUCAUUCAUAUGUACAGCAUGGAGCCGUCAGAUUCUCAGGUAGAAGACGCUGCAGGUCUCGGCCCAGAACAGAGUCCCAAACCCGGUCUCUCUGCAGCGAUGCGGGCUAAGAUCGAGCGGAACCGGCAGCGGGCGUUGAUGCUCCGGCAAGCCCGACUAGCGAGCCGCCCCUCGGCCGCUGUGGAGGGCUCAACCUCGGCCAAAGUCUCCAAGACCAUUGACUCCGGAGCCGGCUUCUUCAUCGAGGAGGAGGGGGAUGGAGAGGAAGAGCAGAGGACCAGGAAGGUGGUGCAUCAGCCAGCUCCAGUGAUAGAGCCAGACUACCUGGUGUGUGAUGACUGUCAGAAACCCUUCAUGGACUCAUACCUGAGCAACAGCUUUGACCUGUCGGUCUGUGACAAGUGCAGAGACAACGAGGAGAAGCAUAAGCUGAUCUCCAGAACUGAAGCCAAGCAGCAGUACCUGCUGAAGGACUGUGACCUGGACCAGAGGGAGCCUCCACUCAGGUUUACACUGAAGAAGAACCCUCAUAACGCACGCUGGGGGGACAUGAAGCUCUACCUCAAGAUACAGGUGGAGAAGAGAUGUAUGGAGGUGUGGGAAUCGGAGGAGGCCCUGGAGGAGGCCAAAGAGACGAGGGAAGGGAACAGAGAGGUGCAGAAACAAAAACGCUUCAACAAGAAGGUCAAAGAGCUGCGCAGGGCGGUGAGGAGCAGUAUGUGGACCAAAGACAUCAGCGUUCACCAACAUCAGUACGGACCAGAGGAGGUGGUGGAUCCAGAGGAGGACCUCUACAAGCAUACCUGCACCACCUGCGGACAUGAAGUCACUUACGAGAAGAUGUAGACACAAACACACACACACACCAACACUGACUGUUGCCGGUUCGGUCUACAAAGAGAAGAUUUUUGGUGCUUCUGUGGGAAACCACGGCUCUCACAAACCCUCGAUCACUCCAGCUGUCUUCCUUUUUUCUGGAUUUCUACUGGUAUUUAUCAAUAAAACACAUUAUUCACAUUGUUCACAUACAUGGGGCCAAAAUCACUCUCCUGUGUGACACUUCAGUAUUAAUUUCUAUUUUAAACGGCUGUUACUGACCUCACCAUGAACUACUCUCUAUUUUUCACACACUGCCUUUUUCCGGUCCACUGCAUAUUGCCACACUUCCUGUUUCUUUUUUAGCAUAUAAAGAUUCCCCGUGGCAAUGGGCAAAUCGAGGAAGGCAUGAUAUUGUAACUUGAAAAUACCGUCUUGCGUUAAAUAGUGAAUUGUGGGACCCGCCUUAAGAAUACAACUUUCCUGACUUUUACAAAAAUUAGAAUUCUUUCCGGGUUCCAUUUUUAGGAUUUCAUGUUUUUUGGACACAAGACUUGCAGACGGAGUUGUUGCAGAUUUCAGGUCACAUGUGGUCACCGUCAUCAUGUCAAGUCUAUAUGUUAAACUUGGCAUUUGUGGCCUUAUUCAACUUCACAGUAUUAGGUCACAAGUCAUAUGUAAUUGUGGUUGAAUGCAAAGGCGUUCUGGUAAUAGAUUGACGAGGACUAUUUCUCUGGACUAAUGUUUGAUAUUUGGUGUCAGCUGUAAAGAGACGAGCUGUUAUUGUCCAGAUACUCCUCCUGUUACUAAUCAAACUACAAUGAGACUGAAAAUGUGUAAAACCUGUUUACAUCUUUGUAAAAUGAAUGUUUAUGUCAUGUAGUUCUGUUAAAGUUUUGAUUUAGCUUUAUGUCACUUCCAUUCAUAAAAAAUAUUGAAAUAUUG